AUGGAACUACUUGUACCAAAGUCAAUAAGGAAUGCAGUGUCUGCUUCAUUUGUGGGAUGGGCUCAUAACUACUUGUUCUCUCACUUCUUUGUAAGAUUGAGACGUGGAAUGCUCACGGUGGUCAUUGAUGAUGCCGCCUAUCCAUCACACAGCACAUCCACUCCAUCAUCAUUGGUCUAUGGCAACAUCAACAGUCCAGCCUCAGAGUGCGCCACACUCACCAUCAACAACCUCUACAGAUUCAUGACCAAGGUUCUCUUUGGAGGAGACGUUGGCUUCGCAGAGUCGUUCAUCUUGGGUGACAUCCAGGUCAGUGACAUGACCAUACUUCUAAAGAUACUUAUAAACAACAGAUAUAACUUGGAUGGACUAGACAGCAAGUGGGCUUUCCUCAAGCAUGGUGUGGACCGUGUGUAUCACAUGUUGAGGAACAACUCAAUUGAGGGCUCCAAGGAGAAUAUUAAGGCUCACUAUGACUUGUCGAACGAGAUGUUCCAGUUGUUCCUCGACCCCACCAUGAGCUACUCAUGCGCCAUCUUCCAGAGCCCCGACGAGCCGCUGGAGGAUGCCCAGAUGCGCAAGAUCCGCACACUGAUCGACAAGGCCAACCUGUCGCCCAACCACCAUCUCCUGGAGAUUGGCUCGGGCUGGGGUGCGCUCGCCAUGGAGGCCGUACGCAGGACCGGAUGUCGCGUGACCACCAUCUCACUGUCGAUUGAGCAGGUCAACCUUGCCAAGAAGCGCAUCGAAGAAGCCGGACUCUCCAGCCGCAUCGAUGUCCUCCUCAUCGACUACCGCAACCUCACCGACAAGUACGACCGCAUAAUCAGUUGUGAAAUGUUAGAGGCCGUUGGCCAUGAGCACUAUGGAGAGUAUUUCUCUUCCCUCGAAAGAUUACUUAAACCAGAUGGUAUUGUUGUGAUACAAUACAUCUCUUUUAAUGAUCAGAGAUAUGAGGAGUACAGGAAGGGUUGUGACUUUAUCCAAAAGUACAUCUUCCCGGGCGGCCUGUGUCCCUCGAUCAACUCGGUGAUCAACGCCGCCACCACACACUCGCAGCUGAUGCUGGAGCACCUGGAGAACUUUGCUCCACACUACGCCAUCACAUUGGACAGGUGGAAGCAGACGUUCCUAAACAACCGCGCGCGUAUCCUCGCCAGCGGCUUUGACGAGCAGUUCAUCCGCAUGUUUGUCUACUACUUCUGCUACUGCGAAGCUGCAUUUGAGACACGCACCAUCAACCUGCUACAGGUGGUCUUCUCGCGUCCAUGCAACCCCAACCUGCCCACCUACUUUGCCGCCUCGCCCGCCAUCGUCCACCCCGCAGCCUCCAGCAGUGACAGCAGCAAGAUGUGUGGAGACUAUUGUGAGUCCAUUGGCGACUCGCGAUCAUCACCAUCAUCGCCUCAGAUGUCCGACAUUGCCAACCAAGCAGUGCCAAUCCAACAGGAGUAA